CGGAACUAAGAUCUCAGCUGACAAUACACGAUACCAAUGCGGCGAGGAUAUCCCGACAACCAUCACCAUUCACCCUACAGGGUCGAUGUUGUCAGAAUGGUACGGCUGACACCUUGGGAUGCCGCAUUCCCGAUGGGUAUUACACCGAUGGAUUAGCUUGCGAAUUUUGGAGCGGCCUUAACAAUGAUAAUACUGACGUCUUCGCCUCAAACUUUGCGUCGUUCAAGACAUUUUUGGCUGUUGCAAUUUUCAUUUCAAGAGGCAUCGAUUGAUAACUCACGACCAUGGCAGGAGGCGUUGCCCCAGAGGCUGUCAUACCCAUCGAAGCUUUUCUAUUAGCUCUUGCUAUACUCUUAGCUUCUGGCCGCCUCAUUCCGCGGUUCUUGCAGCGACAAUAUCCUACUAUAAGCGACAGCUUCCUGAUAGCAGCUAUCAUCAAUGCUAUCGCACUAUUCAUCACCGAUGUCAUGACGUACAAAUGGGGUGGUAUGGCCGAAGAUGAUCCAGAUGCACCAGAGCCAUCGAUAGCUCAUGUUGUUGCUCUGAAGAAAGUACAAUUUGCGGGAAGCUAUUUUUAUGACACAGGAAUUUAUCUACCAAAGCUAGCAAUCUUAGCCCUCUACUACAAACUCAUACCUCCGACGAUGCCAUGGUCACGAAAGGCACUUUACACAGUCACCGUUUCUACUGGCUGCGCCAUGACAAUGACUUGUUUCUUGGAUACCUUCUGGUGUGGCCGCCAGGUAACCCUCAACUGGUCUCCAGCAGAAGGUGCUUGUAAUACGUUUGAUUCCAAAGAGGUUUUUAGAAUCGACUGGGUGACAAACGUGGUGACAGACUUGCUCAUCUGUAUGCUGCCUUUUCCUCUUCUCCGCCAAUUACAAGUCAAUCGAGGUCAAAUGUGGGGUCUUAUCGCAACAUUUUCACUUGGUGCUAUAACUAUAGCCGUAAGCAUAGUACGCUUUGCAACGAUAGAGAUUAUACACGCGUGGACCAAUGUCUUUGUACUUUCCAUGGCUGAGAUGGCUGCUGCUAUAAUGGUAGUAUCACUACCGUCAAUGAGGUCUUCCCUGCGACGCGGCGGCAUAUUUUCAUCUAUGAAAACAUUUGGGUCUUCAUCUUCCCGUACCGAAAACAAUCAUCGAAAGUUGACAUCAGGGUCUAAUCGCUUCACGAUCUCAUCCAGCAGGGCCAAGCACGACGCUCGUGUGCAUCUAGAAGAAGAUUCAGGAAGUGAAGUAGAGCUCAAUUCUAUAGGAAGGAAGGACGUCAUCUAUGAGACUCGCCGAAUCAGUGUGCAAUUCUCAAACUCGCUAGACGACAAAGCACAACGCCCCGAAGAGAUUGCAUAAUUGCAGUGCGGGGAUCUGAUGAAUGGUCGAUCACGCUACAAUCUGGUUUGACCCUAUUCCCCUUUGGUUGGACACAGCUUUCGGGCGUACUAUCUGGCAUACUGGACUAGGGUAGUAC